GUGUCAGCAGCGUCCAGCCUGGACUCGUGCCUGGCCUCCAGUCGAGCAGACCUGCAAGACUAGGAGUACCGAUCGAGGACUUUCUCGUGUCGUGUUGUGGUGCUGUUGGCAUCAGUUCUUGGUGCCUCUCACCAGUGUUUCCCUGGCCCUGCCUGGCUCAGGCAGCCGGGGCCUCGUGGGGUGCAUGUGCAGCAGUGGAGCUUGAGACACCUGCCCACUGCCGCGCCACAGAGGGAGCAGCUUCCCCAUCUGAGCUCUCCCCAGCCCACGCGCAGCCCGGGACCAUGGAGCCCAACUGGAUCUGCCCCAUCUGCGGGUGGGCUCAGGACAACGUGGCCUACGUCACCCCCUGCCUCCACCAGCUCUGCUAUGGCUGCGCAAUGUGGUGGGCCAACAAGAAGCCAAGCUGUGCCAUCUGUGGGCAGAAGGUCAGGACCAUCCGAUACUCAGUGAGAUCCGAGGAUGAUUACCUCGAGUGUCCUGUUCCGCAGCCCAUGCAGCGUUCGGGUGACGGCCUGCAGGAUGA